CACAGCAACCAAUGAUUCUGCACUGAUUUAUUGUUGCAACUGGUCCUUAAACAUGUAUUUGGACUAAUCAACAAGACAGUGCAACAUAGUGCAGUCAAAUGAACCUACUCUUGUUUCUAAAACUCUAGAUUUGGCCAAGUACAUUAUACUAAAUUAUGGGUCCGCUAUAUACACACAAAGUAUCAUUAGGUAAACCGCUGACUAAUGAAUACAAUUGCUCAUGUGACACUACUCAAAACACCAAAAUGGCCUCCCUUCAAUUGAGUGGCUACCAGUGUGAGUUUAUUGAGAGUGUGGGGGAUUACGAAUGCCCCCUAUGUCUGCAUGUGACCCGAGAGCCCAGCCUCACCAGCUGCUGUGGACAACACUUCUGUCAAGCCUGCAUCCAAAAGAUACUCACUGACAACAAACCUUGCCCCUUUUGUAAGAGCGAUAGCUUCACUGCGUUUUUUGACAAGAAGCAACGAAGAAGAGUUCUCGAUAUCAAGAUCUACUGCGAUAAGAAAGCUGAUGGUUGUGACUGGGUGGGUGGUUUGGGAGAGCUAGAACAACACCUUGGUGUAAAAUGCCAAUUCGUUUUUGUGGAUUGCCCACACAACUGUGGAGAAAUUUGUUUGAGGAAAUUUCUAGCAGUUCACAAAAUACUCUUCUGCCCCAGAAGACCACACAGCUGUAAAUACUGCCUGCUGGACGGAACGUACCAAGAGAUCCAAGACGACCACCUCCCAGUGUGCCCAAAGCACCCGGUGGAGUGCCCCAACGAGUGUGGAGUGGCUCCCCUAGAGAGACGUCAACUGGAGGGGCACCUGAGAGAGUGUCCUCUGGUAAUGGUCGAGUGUGAGCUGAAGGAGCUGGGCUGUGAGGAGGUGGUCCAACGGAAGGACGCGAACAAACACAUGGAGCAAGCUGCUCAGAAACAUUUGAGAUUAUCGACUAGCUACUUUAUAAAAAAUCAGAGGAGGCAAGAUGAAGCAAUCGCUAAGCUACAAGAAGAUAAUCAUCAAUUGCUGACAAAAUUUAAUGAAUCUCGAGAGCAACACAGAAGAGAGUUGUCAGAAUUAGCAAGUCAAAUUGAUUUAAUCGAAAGGUAUUCAUCCACGUAUUUUACUGAGCUGAAUAUAAAUUAUAGAGAGAAAUGUUUUAUGCAACGCUGGUACAAUGAUACAAAUUUCGAAUUUCCUUUAACUGGAUGUAAAAUCAAAAUGAAUUUGUACUUUCGGGCCCGACAGCUACAAAAGACAUUACAUAAACGUGGUAUAGAUAUCGAACUAACACAUGUUGAAUCUAAAGCCGAUGACCAGCUGGAGUGGCCUAGAACAUUCUCAAUGAUUGUUCGACUACUCGAUCAGGGAGAAAAUCAAGAUCACCAUGUAUUGCAGGGAGAAAAUUUGACACUGCAAAGGCACGGAAUAAAUGACACAAUCCGAAUUCAAUACACAACAAUUGAGAAUCCUCCAGAUGGAGUUCAGUACAUCGUUUGCGACCACAUUAAGAUGGAGAUUAUAGUGACUGAGAAGUAAGAAUUUCGUUUUGUACAAUAAUGAUUAUUGCUAUGGAAAAGGAUCAGAUUCUUUUAUA